CAGCAGGACUACAGAAUGGUACCCCUAAAUGGAGAGAGAUUACAGGGCUGAUCAGAGAGGAAGAGAAACAAGGAAGGCUUCUGAAGGAGCUCUGGACCUUCCCAGCUCCCAAAGUCAAUAUUGAGACCCCAGAUGUGUCCAGAGACAUCCUGAAGAGGCUGAGGGGCUGAGGAGCCUUAGGGCGCCCACAGGGAGAUUCCUGGAGCCGACUAGGAGCCAGUGAAUUUGCUGUUGUUUGGUGAGUCUUCCAGAUGGAGGUGGCCCUCCGUCUGCCUUGUCAGUUCGAACCCCCAUGCAAGGCUAUCUAAGAAAACUGGUGACAGUGACUGCCCUGGGAAAGAAACUUGGGCCACUGGGAACAGAGAGACUGCAUUUUCAUUAGCAUCCUCCGAUUCUUUCCCCACCUGAAUCCCUGUUGCUAUGGAGACCACCAAUGGGACUGAGACUUGGUAUGAGAGCCUGCACGCUGUGUUGAAGGCUCUAAAUGCCACUCUUCACAGCAACUUGCUCUGCCGGCCAGGGUCAGACAACCUGACUGAGGAGAGGCGGGCCAGCCUACCUGGCCGCGAUGACAACUCCUACAUGUACAUUCUCUUCGUCAUGUUCCUAUUUGCUGCCACUGUGGGCAGCCUCAUCCUGGGAUACACCCGCUCCCGCAAAGUGGAUAAGCGCAGUGACCCCUAUCAUGUAUACAUCAAGAACCGUGUGUCUAUGCUCUGAUGCUAAGAGGCCGGGGAUGGCAGAAGAUCAAGAUUCCUGAGGGUUAUCUUGUGGGGCCUCCAGAAUUCAGCUAUGUGUUACAUCAGGCCUCAGUGUUCUAAUCUGUAAGAUCAACAAGAAACAGUACUAAGGGAGGUCAUCACUGGGGAAGGAGGAGAGGAUCUAGCAGACCUAGGCCUUGUGGAUAAGGAUUUUUUCCAGCAAAGAUAGACUUUAUAGACAGUAGGAGCCCUUUGAACAAAUAUAUAAAAGUGGCAGGAAUUCCCUGGUGGUCCAGUGGUUAGGACUCCGGUUCUCACUGCCAAGGGCCUGGGUUCAAUCCCUGGUCGGGGAACUGAAAUCCCACAAGCCAUUCAGUGUGGCCCAAAAAAAAAAAAAAAAAAAAAAAAAAAAAAUAUAUAUAUAUAUAUAUAUAUAUAUAUAUAUAUAUAUAAAAAUACACACACAUACACACAUAUAUAUAUGUAUAUAUAUAUAAAAGUGGCAACAUAUAAUGACAAAUGAGUGUUCUAGUGGCCGGAGUGUUGGGGGCUAGGGGCUAGAGGAAGGAAAAGAGGAAGUUGUAGCAGAGGGAAAUGAGACAGGAAAAUGCCCUGAGGACACAUUUUUUGAUGUGUUAUCUUCAAUGACCAUGAGAAGCAGCAAUGAUUAUCCCAUAUCACAGACAGGAAGUCUAAGUUAUGUUACUUAUUUAUAUUUUUUCACAUUUUAUGUUUUUCAGCCCAUUUAACAUUUGUGAUUUUACCCCCUGUGAGGGAAGCAGAGCAAGUGCCAUUCUGCCCAUUUGGGCCAAAGCAGUACCAUGACUGGAACCCAGGUUCUCUGGUCACCUUGCCUAGUGCUUUGCAAAACUGUGUGCUACCUAGGAGUGGAUCUAGGCCUGAAACUUAUAUAAUUCUGGGGGGGCCCUCCUUAAGAAAAAGAAUUUUAAAAUAUCUUAUUUUUGCAAAUAUUACAAAAACAUAUCACCAUGUUAAUACAUUGUUAGGGCCCCUCCUAAGAACUUAAGAAGGAGCCAUGCAAGUACAGAGCCCUGACUGUUAAGCCUCAUUAGCUCCAUGGUCCCUGUGCCCCUCCAGCCAUGUCCCAGUGCCCUUCCCAGCCCCAUCUCCAGUCCUGGGGACUUCACUACCUCUAAGGCAGCCUCUAACAUUUUGAAUGAAUUCUGUGAGUAAUUUUCUGAUAUCAGGUUGAAAUCUGCUUCUAGAAGAUUAUUAUCACACCUAGAAGAUUAUCAUAUUAAAAGAGGCAGGUACCUGAUUCAGUGGAAAGAGAACCAUCCCUGAUUCUAGUACCAGUGUGGUGUAUAAACUGGCUAGACACUUCUCUCUGACUCUUGUCCUUCUUCAGCACCGUGAAAUAGAAAGUUGAAAUAGUUGAAAGUCUCUAAGGGCUCUACCAGAGCUGAUAUUCUAGGCUUCACAUACAUUGAUUUGAACCACGUAAAACUGCUAUGCUUGUAGGUCAAAAACAGCUGAAUAUCAGUAGUUUCACAUGCUUCAGUUGAAUACAUGAAAUGUGGUCAGCUACAAAUCCCAGGCUGGAACCUCCCACUGUUCUGUUUAAUUUCUGUUAUUAAGGAAUCUCCAUGGGGUCUCCAGAAAGCCCUAUCAAAACAUAUAUAUGUGUAUAUAUCAAAAGCUUUGAAAGCAUAUUUUGAGAGCACUUAUCUCUGAAGAGAAGGAUUAUGGGUGAUUUUCCCUUUCUACUUUAAAAAUUUAUGUAAUAUUUGAUUUAUUUGACCAUAAGUAUGUUUCUUAUAUUAUAAGGGGGGGAAGCUACUUCUACUUUGAAAAAAUGAAAAUAAAUGCCUGUGUGUUACUUGAAUGGAGGAUCACAGAACGCAUUUGCUCCCAUGAGCAGUUAGUUAUGUUGAUUCCAUGCAAAUCAGUGCUGAGCCCCACGUGUGCUCUCAAGCCUUUCCUCAUAUCUUCUUGAGGGAGAAGGUGGAGACCUGCUUAAGAAGAUGUGACAUAUGGGUGGACAACGGACUCGGAAGUCUACAGCUGGAUGGGACUUUGGAGACCGCCCAGCCCAAACACCCAAAUAAAAUAUGGAAUCCCAACAAGAAUAAGAAUGAAUGUCAG